AUGGAACCGUCGCCGUCAGCCGGAACGGAAAGGCAGGGAUCCUCGUUAUUUCUGCUGAAGAGCUUCGUCAGGAGUCUGCGGCAGUUCCUCAACCAGACUAGUCUGCAUGGACUCAAGUUUGUGGGCGAUUCCGGCCUGAGUAGCUGGGAGAGAUCGUUUUUCCUUGGCUCCUUUGUCACCGCCCUCAUCAUCACGGUGCACCUCAUAUCGAACAUCUAUGUGAAGUGGGAUAGCACGCCGGUUAUAAUCGGCAUCAGCCCACAGGCCACCUCCAUUUUGAAGGUUCCUUUUCCGGCAAUAACCAUAUGCAAUAUGAACCAGGUGCAGAGGAGUCUGGUAGCCAAUUACAGAGAGGGCUCCAAUGAAAGUGCCCUUCUGAAGCUAUUAUGUGAAUCGGAUAGCUGGGAAUCCAGUGAGGCUGAUGAGGAGUUCUCCGCUUCGAAUUUUGUCACGAACAACCUGAAGAUAUCCGAAUUUGUUUCAAAUCACUCGCAGUCCUGCGAGAGAAUGUUGCUUUUUUGUAGAUUCAGUGCCGUGGAGCGAAACUGUUCGCAACUGUUUCAGCAGAUCCUGACGGAUGAGGGCCUGUGUUGCGUCUUCAAUUUUCAACCACCGGAAUAUCUCUACAAGCCAUUUGCAAAUAACAACCGGAACUUGACGAACUCUGAUGGGUUUGAAAGUGUUAUGUGGGAUCCGGAGUCAGGAUAUCCGGAACAAUUGCCCCCCAAGUUCUAUCCAGCCACCGCUAGUGGCACUGGUAUCACCUUGGGAUUUACUGCCGUACUUGAUGCUGAGAUGGGCGAAUACUAUUGCUCUUCGACCAAUGGACCUGGUUUUAAAGUUUACUUUCACAAUCCCAUCGAAGUUCCCAAGGUGAAGGAGGCGGGCCUCAUCUCAGCCAUUGGCUACGAAACCAACUAUCGAAUUGAGAUGGUUCGUGCCGAGGCGGUUCCGGCCAUUCGAUCUAUAUCCCGCGAUGGCCGGCAGUGCCUGUUCAAGAACGAGAAGGAGCUGAUCUUUUAUCGUAUCUAUACGCGACUCAACUGCGAGAACGAGUGCCUGGCCGCAUUCCUCUACGACACCUGCUCCUGCAUUCCGUUCGACCAUCCGCUCAUCUACAGCAACGCCAGCAUCUGCUCCAUGGGGGACACGUCCUGUGUGCGACGGGCACAGAGGGCGUCCAAUCGACCUGGUUGGGCCAAGUGCCGCCAGCAGUGCCUGCCCAGUUGCUUCGAUCUCAACUACUUGGCCAGUGGCUUCUCCUUCCCGCUGGCCUCCAACAACUUCCAGCUGGCCAACGCGCUGGUGGAGAGCUUCAACAAGUCCUAUCUCAGCAAGAAUAUUGCCGUGAUAAACGUUUAUUUCCGGGAGUCGGUCUACUAUGGAAACACCAAGAAUGCAUACGUGGGAUUGACAGAGUUCUUGUCAAACGUCGGUGGUGUAAUGGGUCUGUUCAUGGGCUUUAGUGUCAUCUCCCUGGCCGAGAUCCUAUACUUCUUGAUCUUAAAACCACUCGCUGAGCUUUUCGUUUGGAAGAGGUCAUCUCAUGUGGACUCAGAGAAGAGCCUCAAACACAAUGCCUUCGGUAUUGAAAAAGGACAAUCUUCAGACAACCCCAGUUUCUGGCACUCAAAAGAGCUGUAUCCCAAAGGUGUUUCAAUAAGUGCCUACGAAAAUGCUAAAAGUACGAAAGGAUUAAAUUACCAAUAA